AUGGUGUCGCUACUCCCGCCGCAGUCUGACGCCACGCUGCCCGGCCCCGCCAGACUGGAGGGCGAGCCCCAGGGGGACCUCAUGCAGGCGCCGGCUCCAGGCUCUCCUGCCCCACAGAACAAGCUUGCCGGCUUCAGCUGCUCAUCAUUUGUGCCCGACGGCCCCCCAGAGAGGGCAUCCUCACUGCCCCCACAGAGUCCCAGUGUCGCGUCACCUGGCCCUGAGCAAGUCCACUGCCCAGCCGGCCCUGGCCCGGGCCCCUUCCGGCUCUCACCCUCAGACAAGUUCCCCAGCUUCGGCUUUGAGGAGGGCCCAGCAAGCAGCCCUGGGCGCUUCCUCAAGGGCGGCCAUGGGCCUUUCCACCCAUACAAGCGGCAUUUCCAUGAAGACGUCUUCCCUGAGGCCCAGACCGCCCUGGCCCUCGAUGGACACUCCUUUAAGACCCCGGGGGCACUGGAGACCUUCGAGGAGAUCCCCGUGGAUGUGGGGGAGGCUGAGGCCUUCCUGCCUGGCUUCUCGGCAGAGGCCUGGUGCAACGGACUCCCCUACCCCAGCCAGGAGCACAGCCCCCAAGUCCUGGGAUCGGAAGUCAAGGUCAAGCCCUCAGCUUUGGAGACUGGUCCUGGGAUGUACUGUUACCAGCCCCCCUUGCAGCACAUGUACUGUCCCUCCCAGCCCCCCUUCCACCAGUACUCACCAGGUGGCGGCAGCUACCCCAUACCAUACCUGGGCUCCUCACACUAUCCAUACCAGCGGAUCGCACCCCAGGCCAGCACCGAUGGGCACCAGCCUCUCUUCCCAAAACCCAUCUACUCCUACAGCAUCCUCAUCUUCAUGGCCCUUAAGAACAGUAAAACUGGGAGCCUUCCUGUCAGCGAGAUCUACAAUUUCAUGACGGAGCACUUUCCUUACUUCAAGACGGCGCCCGACGGCUGGAAGAAUUCUGUUCGCCACAACCUGUCUCUCAACAAGUGCUUUGAGAAGGUGGAGAACAAAUCAGGAAGUUCCUCUCGCAAGGGCUGUCUGUGGGCCCUCAAUCCGGCCAAAAUCGACAAGAUGCAGGAAGAGCUACAGAAGUGGAAGAGGAAAGACCCUAUUGCUGUCCGCAAGAGCAUGGCCAAGCCAGAAGAGCUGGACAGCCUCAUUGGAGAGAAGAGGGAGAAGCUGGGCCCCCCACUGCUGGGCUGCCCACCCCCCGGGCUGGCAGGCUCAGGCCCCAUCCGGCCCCUGGCACCUCCAGUUGGGCUCUCCCAGCCACUGCAUUCAAUCCACCCAGCCCCAGGCCCCAUUCCUGGCAAGAACCCCCUGCAGGACCUACUUGGAGGACACGUGCCCUCCUGCUACGGGCAGACAUAUUCGCACCUCUCACCGGGCCUGGCCCCUCCUGGACCUCCGCAGCCAUUGUUCCCACAGCCAGAUGGGCACCUUGAGCUGCGGGCCCAGCCAGGCACCCCCCAGGACUCGCCUCUGCCUGCCAACACCCCGCCCAGUCACAGCGCCAAGCUGCUGGCUGAGCCUUCCCCGGCCAGGACCAUGCAUGACACCCUGCUGCCAGACGGAGACCUUGGCACUGACCUGGAUGCCAUCAACCCCUCUCUCACCGACUUUGACUUCCAGGGAAACCUGUGGGAACAGCUGAAGGAUGACAGCUUGGCCCUUGAUCCCUUGGUACUGGUGACCUCGUCCCCGACAUCAUCUUCAAUGCCACCACCUCUGCCACCACCCCAUUGCUUCCCACCUGGGCCCUGUCUGGCAGAGACAGGCAGUGGGAGUGGCGACGUGGCACCACCAGGCGGUGGAGGCUCCGGGGCUUUGGGUGACCUGCACCUCACCACCCUCUACUCGGCCUUCAUGGAGCUGGAGCCCACACCCCCCACGGCCCCCGCUGGCCCCUCUGUGUACCUCAGCCCCAGCUCCAAGCCCAUGGCCCUCGCGUGA